GGAGACACUUCAAGGCAGAACACUACGAACAUCAGCCGGUUGUUGUUGUUUUAGAUAUACGUCUGGUUCACCGCCUCGUCUCCGUUACUGAGCUUCUCUACGGGACGUAAACGGGAGGAGACGGUAAUCAAAUCAAGUGCACCGAUAACUUUGUCGACAUCACGUGUCGUCCACUUACCUGUGGAGCUCUGUUCAGGUUUCUUCACAGACUGUAAGCGAUGCCACCAAAGACGAGGGCCAGAGUGACUAAAAGAACUGCGAGUUCAGGCAAGGACGAUGCCGACGAAGCGGCUGGCGGGAAGAGGAAAGCUCCUGCCGAGUCUGCGAAAAAUAAGGAGAGCUCAGAAUGUCCACAGCUCUGUCACUGGCUGAUGAAGUCCGAGCCAGAGAGCCGCUUUGAGAACGACAUCGACGUCAAGGUACAGAGCCUGAACACAGUUUAUUUUUUAUAUUUUAAUGUGAGUGGCCUGCACUCGUCUGAUGGUCUCAUUCUGCAGUUUGGGAUAGAGGAUCUGAAGGCUUUGCCGGAUCAGACUGGUUGCUGGGACGGCGUCCGCAAUUAUCAGGCGCGCAACUUCAUGAGGCAGAUGAAAGACGGGCAGUUGGCUUUCUUUUACCACAGCAACUGCAAAGAACCGGGGAUAGCGGGACUCAUGACAAUCGUGAAGGAAGCUUAUGUGGACCACACGCAGUUUGACAAGAAAGAUGUCCACUUUGAUGCAAACAGUAAAGCGGACAACCCCAAAUGGAGCAUGGUAGAUGUCCAGUAUCAAAGAAUGAUGAAGCGUUUUCUCCCUCUGUCUGAGCUGAAGAAGUACCACCUGCAGCAUCGCGCCACAGGGGGGCCCCUGAAGGACGUGGCCCUGUUUACGAGGGCCCGGCUCUCUGUGCAGCCCCUGACCCCUGAGGAGUUUGACUUCGUCCUGAAUUUGGAAGAUGAAGAGCCUUUGUGAGGAUUUGGACCAGAUGUUGUCGACACAAUGAAAUCGUGAAGCAGAGACCUUGUUCACGGCACUGUAGCGUUUAUGUUCUUUUGUUCACAAAUAUUAAAUGUGCUUUUGUCAAAUAAUGGCUCACAUCCAGUCUCUGAACGAUACAGAGCAAGCUUCUUCGACACCUGAUGUUUAAAUGGCAAAGUCCUGCUUCCGUCACAAAUUCCCAAAUACGAAGUUAUCUUCAAACAAUCCAAGAAGUCAGAACAAUUAGAUAUUUGGCACUUUAUCUUCCAAAAGUAAUUUAAUGACUGAUAAUAAAACUAGCUGGAGCAGUUCCUCAUUCGUUGGUACUUGCAGUCAUCUCCCUUUCCCCUCUUCAUUAGAGGGUUAAUUCAGAUCACCUGUUGGCUGCUGAUUAUGAAUUGAGAGCAGCUUGGUGAGUUUCUCCUCUCGGCCAAUCAGGGUGUGAUGACGCCUUUUCUUCAAAGCUUAAGAGAGAGGUGGGGAAUCACGCUCGCAUCUUUCUGAUCCUCUGACUUACUGCAGACCUCAUUUUAGCAAAUUCUGCCAGAAAGGCGUCGGGCUCCUUUGAAACUUCCUUUCUGUCUUUUGCUUUUCUCAAAGAAGACGUUCUGAUUCUUCCUCGACUAAAUGAAAACCUCCUUUCAGCAGAUAUUGUUCGCCAGAAACUCUUGUCUUCUUUGAUGUCUUUAACUUUUCUAUUUCAAUGUGAUUUUGAAGCAUUCUGUAACUUAGCUGGAGUGAAUAUUAAGAACACAGUUCCUGAACCUCAAUGAAUGUAUUUUAUUUUUAUUGAAAGCCCCUUUAUACACAUUUAACUUGUCGAAGAGGCAUUUCUUCAUUAUGAUAUACAUUUCUGUAUUAUGUGGUUGGGAAGUGGUUCUCAGGCUUCGUUCUGCUCAGCUGAAAUCUGGGUUGUCAGUGCGGCCAAAUAGCUGCACAUUUUUUGUCAAGACAAAUUGAUAAAUCAUUUUACGAGUUUCCAGUUUUGUGAUUGUUACAGAGCUGUUAAUGAUCAUGUAUUUAAACAACCUGAAGACUUCGUCACUCAUGUUCAAAGCUGUCAAGUGUUAAAUUGCUCAGUGACAACACAACUCAGCCGUGUACUGUUUGUAGCAGUGUUAGUAUGAUGUAGUCAGUGUAUGUGGUGGUCUUAUUAAUAACACUUUCACUCAUUGCUGUAAAACAACCAAGUCCAGGUUUUUCUUUUUUUUUUUCAUUUGGCAUCAAUUUAUUUGACCUUCAGGGACAAGGAAUAAUUCAUUAGCAUUUUUCAAAAGAUAGUUCUACUGUAACUCUUUCUCUGGUUAAAAGACUAAAAUCAUGUUAAAGAGGCAGGAGGAUUCCAUUUGCUUGAUACACUGAGGCACAACGUUUAAGUCUCUAAUGAAGAGGAUACAGUGGACUUCAUACUAUCAGACCUUAAUACAAACACCCACUCCUCACAGCCACUGGAAUGCCGAGGCAAAGCACGUGAGCAUGAAAGGUGGUCUUGUGGCACCGCAUACUGUAUCAUCAACGUACACAAGCUGGAACAGGAUAAAAGGUUUUAGCUGGUCUUAUUUACAGAUCAAAACCACAAAAACACGUGCGAUAAUACUUAAGCCCUCAAAAUGGGAAGUUUCCGCUUCGAUAAUUCUUUUUUUUUUUUGUACACACACAGAAACAAACAAAGAGAAAAUGUGUUUAGCAAGAUAAAGCAGUGCAAAGUGAUCUCAGAUUUCUUGACCUUACAACAAUGUUAGGAACGCAUUCGUUAAAGGUGGAAUGUUGGAGAUACAUUUCUGAAAAUUCAUGACAGUCGAGUCGCAUUAAUUACGAGAUCAGAAAUUAAUUGAUCCUAAAAAAAAAACGUUAAUUAAAGUAACCAACAGAAGGCUUAAAAAUUCCAGAAUAUCACACAUGGAAGGUUUUAACACAGUGGACAUAGUGAAUGAUUAGUUUGAUUCCCAUAAAGAAAAGACAAAUGCGUUAACGAGGAAGUACAAGACCAGCGGCCCGAAGCCACUUCGAAUGCCUCAUGCAAACGGUGUGCAUUGUCCACAUACUGUAUGUAUGUGUGACUGUAUGUCGGGCU